CGGCGGCGGCGGCGGCGGCGCGGAGGAUGAAGUGGAGCGUGCGGGGAGCCUGCGCCGCGCUCUCCAGCUGCCUCCUGCUCGCCUGCGCCCUCAGCGCCGCCGCCGUGGGCCUCAAGUGCUUCUCGCUGGGCUCGGAGCUCAAGGGCGAGCCCUUCCGCCUGGGCACGGCCGCCGGCGCCUUCUACUCGGGGCUGCUGCUGGCCGCCGGCCUCUCGCUGCUCGCCGCCGCGCUGCUCUGCUGUCGACCGCCCGACGAGGCGCCUGCGGCGCCGACACCGGCCCCAGCCUCGGCCCUGGCCCCCGCCAGCGACGCGGACCCGACGGGCGGCGGCCCCGGUGCGGGGGAGGCAACGGUCGCGCCGUCAGGGUCGGUGGAGAAAACGCCGCCCGGGGGACGGCAGAACUUCCUGCUGCUGGGGGUGCUGGUGUUCAUGCUGGGCGUGCUGAGCGCCUUCGCCGGCGCCGUCAUCGACGGCGACACCGUGUCGCUGGUGGAGAGGAAGUACUCGCACUACUGCCUACUGCAGCCCGGCGGCGCGGCCCGCCCGCGAGGCGGCCCCGCCGCCCCCGACGGCUCCGCAGCGGCGCUCCGCUGCCAGAAGCUGCGGGACUACCAGCAAGGCUUGGUGCUCUCCACCAUCUUCAAUGCGCUGGAGUGCCUCCUCGGCCUGCUCAACCUACUCCUUGUCAAGAACUACAAGGCCUCGCAACAGCGCGGGCGGCGACGGCGGCGGCGGCGAGCGGCCACAGCGGCGGGCGGGCGCCGGCGGCGGCGGCGCGGCGGCUGCGGCAGCGGCGGGCGGCGGGCGCCACGCCACAGCCAAGGUUCUCUGUUCUCCGGCGGCGAGCCUGAGCUCAGCCCUGGUGACUGCACCUUCCAAGCCGUCUCCUACAUCAACGUAGGCGUCUUCCACGUCUUCGACGAGGCCGGCGUGGAGGUGCACUGCGGCGGGCAUCCCUCCGUCGAGCUGCCUGGCUACUCGCCCAUGGACCCCGAGCUCAACGCCUCCUACCCUUACUGCUACCCGCUGCCCACCGAGCAGCCCCCCGCCUACGAGGAGAUUUACCCCGGGGAGCCCUGUGCUCGCGGCACCUAGCGCCGACCGACGGCGAGACGCCAGGGCCCGCCGUGAUGGGAGCGGGUAGCAGUCCCACCGGCGCCUGGCAGCGACGGGGCCCGAGGACAGCCCGAGCGCCACCGACAGCGGCGGCGGCCGUCCGCCGUGCCUCUGGCUCUGCAGAAGUUUCUUCUCCCUCUCUCCCUGCUUUCCCCCCGCUCCUCUUCCCUGCCUCGCACCGACCUUCCGUCCGUAUGUCUGCCUCUCCGUCCGUCGGCAGCUGAAUUUUCCAAAGGCUGCCUAAGGAUUGAUUCCUUCCGCCGCCUCUCUUCCGUAGCCGAGUUUAGUUCCCUUCCAGUGAUUCAUCAGUUUCUAGCUUUAGCAGUCCAGAGUUACCCAUUUGUGAUAACCAGCCAGUGUAAGGAAAAGGUGUCAUGAAGCUUCUUUACCUCUCAGAAGAGCUAAAUUUCUGAACAACGCAGAGACCUUUGUGUCACGUUUACUAGAGGUGUAUUGGGGAUCUUUAACGUUUACACUACUCCUUGGGAGAAUUGAGUUAUGGCUUAAGAUUUUGUGAGUUAAACAUUCGUUGCUCUUGUAAGAUGCACAUUGAGAAAAACCUGCACUUUGAAAAAGAAACAGGAAAAAAAACACGACGUUUUUGUACACUAACGUGCCUGCUUUUGUUGAUAACUUCUUAAUGUAAAAGCUUUCAGAAGUCUAUAGUGAAAAUGUUUGGUAAAUUCACUGCAGUUUAACAUUGAUGAUUAGUUCCUUUACUAAAACAACUGAGAUGUUGCUAGGAUAUGGCAGUUAAAAGGAGGUCCAAAUGUCAUACACAUUCCUUUUUGUAAACAGGUUCUGUGUUUUUAAUGCAAGAUAGGAUUUCUUUUUGUUCUGCAUAGGUGAAGGGUUUAAUUCUAUUUUGUACGACUACAUGGUUUACCUUGUAAAGAGUUCCGUUUUACCUGUUACAAAUCAUCAAUCUGGUAAGCUUGAAUAUUAAAAGUUUUAUUUGAAAUAUAUAUAUAUAGAGAGAGAGAGAGACAGAGUAAACAGCCUUAACUGGUGCAGUAGUAACAGUUUUAAAUGGAAGGACAAAAGAAAAAAACAAAACCAAAAACUAUCUUGGAAGACAUCUCCCAAAUGUGUUUUCAAGAAAGUAUUUAUACACCUAUUACAAAGCAAGAAUUUUCUUUCCUGUUUAAAAGAGGCCACUUCAAUUCCUGAAGGUGGUGGUGGGGAAUAAUGGGAUGUUACACUGUUAAAUCUUGAUCUUAGAGGUAUUAAAAAGGCUUUCUGCAAAGAGAAAAACUGCUAAAUCCUGCUUUUGGAUUCUGCUGUGGAAUGCCAGUAUCAGAGAAAUGUAAGGAAGUGCUAAUUAAAGAGAAGCAGGUGUGGUAUAUUUUAUUAUAUCAUUAAAGAACAGAUAAAGGCUUAAUUUCAUCUUGCACCAAAAAAACCCAAGAAGCAGCUCUUCAGACUGUGUUUGGUUCAAUAUCCCCUCCCCCAGUUAUGGCAUCCUGAAAUGAAAUAUUACAAAAUAACCUUUCUGUUAAUCGUGGUUUUGGAGCCUGCUGCAUAAUGCCAGUAUAUCAGCCAGAGAGAGAGUUAAGGGAAUACAAAGUUAGAGUGUAUUUCUGUGGUCAACAGAAAAUUAUGUUAAAAUCUUUAGCUGCAGAGAGACUGACACAAUUUACAGCCUUAGAAUUCGAGAGAGAAAAAUUUAGCCUAAAAAUACUCAAAUCUCUGCACUGUUUUAAAGUGUUUUGACUUGCACACUUUGUAUCAUCUAAAAUGCAGAAUGCCUGAGAAGUCUUAAAAUUGCAAACUGAUGUCUGUGAAGCUUUGCAAUUAAAGCUCUAAUCUAGAGAAGGCAGUUCAAAGCAGCAGUUGCCAGUUUGCUGAGUAGCUCUAAAUAGCAGAAAUUUGAAAUACAGCUCUUUUUGGCCAGCACUAAAACAUAUGCCCUAGCUUAAGUCCCUUUUUAGUACUGAAGAUUGGUUUUAUGCUGUCUUUCUGCAGGUGCACCUCCUUAACCCCAUAUGGAAGUGACUGGGAAGCCUUGUCCUCCAUACCUAAGACACCAAUUUAGGCACAAAACCAAUCCUGUAACAUACUGUAUGUGUUGCUCAUACAGCCGAGGUUCUGAAAAAUGAGUAACUAAAGCAAGGAGGCUAAAUCCUUGUGUAGGUCUCCAAUUAGACAAGUUUAGGAGAUAGCAUAGUAGCCCAUACUGAAUUAAAUGGGAACUGCUAGGCUGCAGCGUGAUUUUGUAAAACAGACCAGCAAGGUGCCUAAAUAAAGAAGUCUAAUAGUAGUUGUUGACUUUAAAAACAAAUUGGCUACAUACAUUGCAGCUCAUGGAAGUUGUGUCUUAGUUUUACCUAAGGAAUUGAUUUUUGACAUAAAACGCAGUAUUUUACUUAAGAUAACUAUUUUAGAAAUAAUUAACUAGACAGUUCUGAAACUCCAGAUGUUCCAAAGAUCAGUGCUCAGGGAAAUAAAUGGAAAGUCAAGAAGGCUACCUAUUAUACUCAUUUGUUUAAAUGUAAAGGAUUUUAAACUAUGAAUUUUUAAGAUUGUUAAAUUCAUAACUUUUUGGGGGGUGUACACACAUGUGUAAGUGUGUUUGUGUUUCAUUUAAGCCUGUUCAAAAUGCCAUUCAAUAGGAUAUUUAUUUGUGGCUCAGUUUCAGUCCCAGAGUUUCUGCUUUUCUUCAUUUGGGCUUUUAUCCCCUGUAAUAUUUUAAUUUAGUGGUGAACAGAUUGCCAGAAUAAUGUCCAAAUCUGACUCCCACAGAAGCCAGUCAGCAUCAUUUCAUUGACUUGAAUGGGUCUGGGCACAAAUGAUAUUUAACACCUACUCUAAAUAAUCUAUAAAGUAAUAUUGAUCUUCUGGCAUGACAGGAUGCAGUAGUGGCAUAUUAUUUUUCAGUUAUUUAUUAAAUAUUAAUAUGGACAGCAGUAUUAAAGGGGGUCACCUGUGGUAUUAUACAUUAAAAAAAGAAAAACAACAGCAACAAAAAAAACGAAAGAUUGGGAGGCAAGUUGACCAAACAAGCCACGUUUUCUUAAAGAUGGUAUACAAGCAUUUCAGGUACCUGUUGACCAGCAUUUCUGAUAAAAUACCACACAUAUUUAUUUGUCAGCAAGAAAAAACUUAUAAAUACAGGAUACAAGUUGAAGCUUCACAAGCAUGAUUGCAGUAUUGUGAAGCCAUUUUUAGUAAACUUGAAUCAUCACUCUAUCUUCUGAGCAAUAAUGUUAGAGUGUAUAAAUUGUAUUAAAUUGAAAAUAGGCUGGUGUGAGAAGCAUCAGAGCAUAGGUUAAUUACCUGAGAGAACUCAUACUGUCCUUUUAUUUUUCCAUUCCCUGUCACAUGAUUAUCAAGAUGACCCAAGCCUGAUCGAUUCAUGUCACUGGAGGAUGUUAACUGCUAGGCUUUUGCCUUAAGUAGCCAAACCAGGGAGAAAAGAAGAGAAACAUCGGCUUUUCUUGCAUCUGUUCAAAGGGAGAGAAGAAUAGAUGCAGCACUGCUGUUUUGGUCACAGGGAGGUACCAAUUUGGUAGCAGAAUGUUCCCAGCUUUCCAGUCCCUUUUGCAGGUUACAGCAGCUCGUCAAGAUAUGCAAUGGUGAGAAAUCAAAUCUGCUGUCUUUGAUGCAGCAGGAUUUGGCUUUGUGUGCAAAAAAAAUGCAUUCCCACCAGCCUAUUAGCAAUCCACAUUAAUUAUUUUCACACUCCAACAUCCUUGCUUAAAUCUGUUACUUAUACCUUGCAUUGUAAUUGACAGGCAAAAUAUACAUGACUCUAAAAACAAGGAAAAAAAGGUUUUAGAAGGAAAUUGUAUUACAGUAGUACAGAUUUUACUCAAAAGUUUGAUUUCACUGUAGGACUUCUUUGGUUCACCAAAAAGCGCUAUGGUGGCUGGUAUAACUUAGGUAUAUUUCAGACAUACUGUUUAAUCAUCAGAAAAGGUUUCUGAAUGUUCACAUGGGAUCGGCAUUCUGUUUUUGCUUUUGAACACAGUAAAUAUGAAAACCUUUUCUUCAUUUUGCCAUUUAAUCCGAGAUUGAUCCUCAAGAAAAUGUCAGUAAUUGAUCUUGUAAUUUUAGGAUCAAUAAAAUACAUUUUAAAGCACAGCAUAUCCUAUAAGAAAAGCCUAAUGCUCUUCAUUUAAUAUUCUUCAUUGUCUUAGGCAGAUGCCUACUAGUACAAUUAAACUAGGGAUUUAAUUAAUGCUUUCAUUACAAAAAAUCCCUAAUGUUUUUCAGGGACUUAUGAGUUGUACAAGUGGAACCCAGACAUAAAAUUCCAAGUUUUGACACAAAGUCUAUUUGUGUAAGUUAUUUUCUCUGUUACAAGACAUUUCAAUAUUUUAGAUAAAUUCCAUUGCUAAAAAUCUAGAUCUGUUAAUUUCACAUGAUGGCACUUUUUAAGUGUGCUAAAGUUACCUCUCCUUAAUACAGGCUCAUUUUCCCAAUUAAAAUACAUAAGGGUGAGUAAGAUUGAAUGGUCACUCUCUAGUUUUUCAAUUUCUUAAUUAUCUCUGGAUUCAUAAUGGUGUGUGAUUAGUGCUUAGUAAAUCUUCCAGAUGUAGUAGUCGCUGAUCUAGUAACAGUUUAGCAGAUAAAAGCUGGUCCCUAGGAAGCCCUGAUGUAACUGCUGUACAGGCUGAUGUAACUGCUGGAAGAAAAUCUUCAAGUACCUGUUGCAAAAAUUUGUUGUAAACAUUUCCUGAUCAAAAGGAGGCACUGCUCAAACUAAACAACUAGAAGAAAUCUGAGAGUUUGGGUGCAGGGGUUUUUUUCAAUUAUAGUAUCUGUUCUGAAACUCUUCCCCUGCAUAGCUUUCUGAAGAGUGAAAUCCACAAAUUGAUGUUCCCUGUGUUUCAUUCAAAUAAUUGCCUCGCCACCUGCUGCCUAGCUGUGCUAUAUACUUUCACUCAAUGUUCAGGCACCUGGUGAAGUUCUGCUGAAGCUUUUGGAUAUGUUACCCCAAUGUCAGAUAAUCUGAGACUGAAGAUUGAGUCAUUUAAGAUGCCAGAAGAUUCUCUUAAGAAGACUGUUUUCCUUUACAGA